CUUGUCAAACGGCGUCGUUUCCGGAACUCAUUCUGGGAAACGUUAAAGAUUCUCGUCACCUAAAUACCAGAAAUUUACAAUUUCAGAAGCGAGAGAGAAGAUGGCGAGCAACGAUGGAGGAGGAGGAGGAAAAGAAGAAAGAAGGAGAAGAAGAAUUGCAGAGAGAGGUUCAGAUCGCAUGGCCUUAAUAACGGGUCGAAUCAAUGCGCUUCCUCCGACACCACCCUCUUCGGCGUCGUCCCCAACCCACCCCCACAUCCCUCGCCACGCGCAAUCCUUGUCGGUCGCAGCUUUCGAUUCUAACUCAGAUGAUCAGCAGCAGCAUCUUCCCCCUCGCCACCAGCGCCCUCAGUCGUUGUCUGCAUUCGCCGAUUACCACGAAGAUCUCACUGGCGGUGCUGAAAAUAAACGUAGUGCCUCUCUUUCUUCAGCAAGACUAAGACAUCAGGGUGGAUUUAAGUACUCAAACAUGGAAAAUUUCGACUUCAACCCCGAAGAGGAACCUCUUAUACAGGAUUCUGAUACUAUUACAGAAGCCAGCAAUCAAGUGUCUGAGGGAAAUGCUUCCAAAAUGAAACCACCUUCUGUCACGUCAAACACAAAAAAUUCAGCACAUGACACACAACAGCUAAAGAAACCUCGCAGGCAUAACGCCACUUUUUUCUCUUCAAGAGAGCUGAAUAUCUGCAUUUUAGCUUCUGAGCCCACACGUGCUCUCAGUUCUCUGAUAAUAGCAUUGCUGGUAGUUUUUUAUUACAUGAUUUCAGAGAGAGUUUUGGCUUCAAGGCCUCUUUACAUACUCUUGUUAACUGAUGUUACACUUGUGCUUGCUCGCCUAUAUGGUGGAAAGGCAAGUCUCUUGGAAGAAACUGAGGGAGAAAAAGUUAAAGCUACUGGAGAUGGACACAAUUGGGGUGAUGCAGUGAAGCUUAUGGAGAGGGGUUUGGUGACCUACCAGGCCAUUAGAGGAGUUUUCAUAGAUUGCAGUAUUUAUCUAGUGGUUGUUGUAUGUGGUACCUCCUUGAUGUAGUUCUGGCUGCUUGAGACUUGAGUUUGAGUACUUGCAAUAUCCUCAAUUCCCCUUUUGGGCAAGUGUCUGCUCCCAAAUAAUUUUGUUGUAAAUUCUUACUUGCUUUUAUACCUUUGAGGACUAUGAUUUAAUUUGAAUUCAGAGUUGCGUUAGGCAUUUCAUCUUUCUGUCGAAUUGUUUGCAUUGUAGAUGCCAUUAUAUAUUUGAUACAUUUUAUGAA